GGUUUAACUGCAUCUUUCACUUUCCUCAGUAUCCUUCCUUCCCUCGGUAUCUCUCCUUAAAUAGAACUCGGCCCAAGCGUAAAGUCUUUAAUCAGAAUCCUCGUAUAACUCGACACAUCCUCGCGAUAAAUUUAAACCACCGUCGACACAUCCUCGCGAUAAACUACCGACAAAUCCGGCGUCUGUAAAUCUCAAACUCUUUAUUCAGGGAAUAGAUGGGAGAGGGGCAAUACACAAAUUAUUUGCAAACCAUGCAAUCAAUGAGGCCUGUUGUUAUGUCGAGCAUAAGCAAUGGUUUCCUUCCUGCAUCCACAAUGCACAGUGAUAUGCGGAACAUAAACCCUAAAAAAGGGAUUAUGAAAUUGAUGGACAACAAACACCAGCCUCUUCUGAUAACGAAAGCAAAACAUAGAGACUUCGUGGGAGGUGUUCUUCCGUCCGGUAAUCUCUUCAACUAUAAGGGAACUGAGCAUGCAAAAAACAGAGACGUCCUGGAUUUUACCUCUGGAGCUCUUCCUCCGGUCGACAAAUAUUUCAUUUCGUCGGAUCCGUUUUCCACCUCUAAGACUCUUGCUGAAGAGCUUGCUGCAUCAGCUUCAUUUGCUGAAGCUAGUUACCUCUACCCCUCAGCAACAGCAGCACUUGCGGCUGCAUUGACACAUGCAGGAGAGUUCCAAUCUUUUCCACAUAGCACUUGUGGUUACAUCUCUUUGUCUAAUAAUAUCCCUCCUACAAGUUCUGCACCUAAGGACAUUGGUGAGGUAGAAAAACUUGUAUCGGAAGGCAAAGUAGCUGCUGUCUUUGUCGAGCCCAUACAUGGCAAUGGAGGGAUAAAAAGCUUUACACCACAAUACCUGCAGUCUUUACGGACUGCUUGCGAUAAAUCUGGAGUAUUACUUGCAUUCGAUGAGGUUCAAUGUGGCAUAGGUCAGACAGGCCGGCUUUGGGCCCACCAAGCACUCGGUGUAGAGCCGGAUUUUAUGAUUGUGCGAUUCCGUGGUAUGGACAUAGGGGCUCUUGUGGUGAAUAAAAAAAUGAAUGCCCAUAUACACAAAUAUGAAAACGAGCACAUGCACAUCCCUCGGGAAUGUGGUGAGGCUUUAAAUGUCUUCAGAAAAGUAGCUCAGCGCCGCUAUUUGGACCACGUAACAGAAAAAGGUCGAUACUUGGAAGAUCUUCUAAGUAAGCAACUAGGAAGAAACGCUCGUGUAAAAGGAAUACAAGCAUUCGGCCUUGUAGCUGCAGUGGAGCUAGAUGUUGAUGCGCAAUCGUUUGUCGAUGAAUGUAAGAAGCGUGGUCUUGGGGUAGAGGUUGUAGGGAAAGGAAACAUCAUCCGUAUCAUGCCUCCAUUUAUGGUUACUACAUACCAGCUCGAUGAUGCAGUUGGCAUCAUAGAUGAGUGUUUGGGCGUUCUUGGAGGCAAUGAUUGGGUCGGACGAUUGGCAUCAUAGACCAUUCUGACUAUUGAUUAGUGAUUGACUUAAUUGGGCCAGACCAAUCGGUUACUAUUCUGACUAUUGAUUAGUGAUUGACUUAAGGUUUUUUUUUUUUUUAUUCGUUUUCGUGGAUGGCUAAGACCAAUAGUUUUCUAUCCAGUGAUUAGGGUUUGACUUAUUGUGCCUAAGGGGUUUGAUAUUGGAUGGCUGUGGUUGCAUGUCUUGAUUUCACGUCUACGUGUCCUCUUUUUGGUUGGAGUAUUUAAAAAAAAAAU